UGGAGUCGUGAAACGAUCGCGGAACGACGCGUACGAUCGGCCGUCGAGGCGACGUUGUCAAACCGCAUUCCAAAUACAAACAAUGUUAUUCCACGAGAAGCUAGACAUCAAAUUGAUACGUCUAGUUAAAGAAAAUCUUGUGUUAUACGACCACAAUCAUGCGAAAUACAUGGACUUCAAUGCGAGGGAAGUGGCUUGGCAGAAAAUUGGUGACGAGCUAAAAAGAUCCGCUGCGGAUUGUAAAGUGAGAUGGAUUAAUAUCAGAGACGUGUACAGACGUAUCUUAAGAAAAAGCUUAGAGACAGGCCAGCGUCAGAAACUUUACAAAUACGAAAACGAAAUAGCAUUUUUGAGGCCAUUCUAUAAAGAUGUGUCCCUCCAACUCGAAGAGUUCGAAUCUGAUGAUCGAAGUAACCAAGGAAAUGAUGAUUGUGGGGACGAGGGUGCAGCUGAAAGUGACCAUUCCGACGAACCAGAACGGAAACCGAAAAUAAGUAUGUCAAAAUCUAGCGCGAAGAAGAAAAGGAGAAAGAGGUUUGCCGAAGCAGUUGUCGACCCAAUGAGUACACCGGCCUUCGCUGAAACAACAGUGCCCGCGGAAUUCGACUCUUCAGAUCCAGUUGACGCCUUUUUAUUGAGCAUUGGUGCAACUUUAAAGACAUUUUCACCUUAUCACUUGAAUUUGGCUAAGAGCAAGAUAUUUUCGGUUGUCCAGGAACACGAUUUGCAGCAAAUAGUCCAAAAAGACCAGCACGGUGAGGGGACGCCACACGAUGUUAAAAUUUCUGCAACGGAAGCCAUUUACAUGCAGUAAUAAAAUGAGAGAUCGAAAGUGUCAACAUUAGUGGCGUGAUGAUCAAACACAGCAGUAAGCUGGUCAUUCAAAUGGGUUUAAUUCGUUUUCCGUAGAAUAUUUUACUACUGAAAAGAUAGUUAUAUAUGUAUAAAAGAUAGUUAGAUAGUGUAUGUUGCAACUUUGACUUAAUCUCGACAUUUGAAUGGUGAAAUGUGUACUGUCCUUGAAAGUUGUAAAUAAAACUUUUUAGACUUUUAGUUUUAGUAUCCUUACGAAUCUACGUAAGGGAGAGAUGUUAUUUUUAGAUAGGUACAUAUCUUCGUUAGGAGAGACGAGUCUGUAUAACAAAUUAAGUUUAAGACAUGAAAAAUUUUGAAAAAAAAUUAUACGUACCUUAAAUAUGCAGAAAUAUUAAAUGUUU